UCAAGCCUACACGUGGCUUGCAGGAUGUAGACAUAGAAAAUUGAUGCAUAAUGUUGUGUUUUAUGCUUCCAAAUUGUUUAAGCUGUUAAAGAAGAUGGUUUACACAGUUGCCUAUUUUUGCUUGUGGCUUCUAGGUGGUGUGUUUAGUGUGUAUAAAGAAGAAGAAACAGAGACAAAAUCAGUGAUGGAAGGAGAUUCUGUCACUUUAAACACUGAUGUUACUGAAAUACAGAGAGAUGAUCAGAUACUGUGGACAUUUAGACUCCAAAAUUCAGAGACUCGUAUAGCUGAAAUUUAUAAACAGAUCAUCUCUAUAUAUGAUAACAAAGAGAAUAAUGAAAGAUUCAGAGACAGAUUACAGAUAGAUGAGCAGACAGGAUCUCUGACCAUCACAAACAUCAACAAAUUACACUCUGGACUUUAUAAACUACAGAUCAUCAGUGAAGAUGUCAAACACACAAGCUUCAGUAUUGCUGUCUAUGCUCCUCUGACUGUUCCAGUCAUCAGUGAUUCUCCUCAAAAGCCUUCAGUAUCAGAAAGAUCAUCAAGUCAGAAUUGUUCACUGUUGUGUUCAGUGUUAAAUGUGAGUGAUGUGACUCUCUCCUGGUACAAAGGAAACAGUUUAUUGUCCAGCAUCAGUGUGUCUGAUCUCAGCAUCAGUCUCUCUUUACCUCUGGAGAUUGAGUGUCUGGAUGAUUCAUACAGCUGUGUUGUUUCUUAUUCAUUCACCAACCGGACUAAACAUCUCAACAACACUGACCACUGUCAGCCAUGUUCAGCAAACAUCCAG